AUGGAUUGGCCUUUUAUUGUGAAAAAGACCACCAAAUUAAAGAUUCUCGAAUGGAUAGUUCAACAAAUAUCAGUAAAACCACGUAAGAAAGCCAAUGCUAAUUCUAUUCUUAUUUGGAAUUAUUUUAGGGGAAAAGGGGAACUAUCUAGUAGAUGUCGAGAAUCCAUUAAGAUCAAAAUCCAUUCUAGUUUAAGUAUUGAAUCUUAUUUUCUUAAACUCCCUGGAUGUGUACCAAUUGACAUUUGCGUCCAGCUAAAACCACUUGAAAAGAAAAAGAAAUAUAUGGGAUUAGUUAAAAGUAGAAUGAAUGCUAACGGAUCUAUCUUAAUAGCAAGUGCAAUCGAAGAUGUUUGUUCGCAAAGUGAAUCUAAGAAGCAUGCAGAAAUAGCUGAUAUCCUGAAUCUUUUCAUUGGUUCGUUAUAUGAUAAUUUUAGAAAAGAAUAUGAUUCUAUCUGCUUCGAUUAUAAUUCUCUAAAUUCGAAGCAGAAAGCCAUUAAAUUGUAUAUGAAUUCGUUCUAUAAUGUAACUGGUCAAAGUAACUCCCCAUUCUAUAUACUUGAACUCGCUGGGGGCGUUACUUCAGCUGGUGAUACCGAUUCCCUAUAUCUAACUUGCACAGAUUCAUAUUAUGAGAAAUGCGAUUUAUUUUAUGAUGUUGAAAAGGCGUAA